GCUAGCGGCGGCAGGUGCGAUGUGGUGAGGCGGGCAGGGCACGCAGGCAUGGCCGCGCCUCCUCCUCGUCUCGCUCCGGCUCAGCUGCUGCGGGCGGCGGCGGCGCUGCUGUGCCAGCUGGUGGUGGCCGGCUCCACGCUGGAGAUGCUGGGCGGCGGGGGGUACGAGGCGGAACGCGGGCGGGGCGGCGGGCGCUGCCAGCCCAUCGAGAUCCCCAUGUGCCAGGGCAUCGGCUACAACCUGACCCGCAUGCCCAACCUGCUGGGCCACGAGCACCAGGCCGAGGCGGCGCUCAAGCUCCAGGAGUUCGCCCCGCUGGUGGCCUACGGCUGCCACGGCCACCUGCGCUUCUUCCUCUGCUCGCUCUACGCGCCCAUGUGCACCGACCAGGUGUCCAGCAGCAUCCCCGCCUGCCGGCCCAUGUGCGAGCAGGCCCGCCAGCGCUGCGCCCCCAUCAUGGAGCACUUCCACUUUGGCUGGCCCGACUCCCUGGACUGCUCUCGCUUGCCCACCAAGAACGACCCGCACGCCCUCUGCAUGGAGGCCCCCGAGAACGCCACCACGGCCGAGCCCCACCGCGGCCAGGGCAUGCUUCCCGUGGCACCCCGGGCUCGGCCUGCUGCUGGCGAAGGCCGCCCGGGUCCCAGCGCCAUGGGCACUUGCAGCAAUGCCGACAAGUUCCAGUAUGUGGAGAAGAGCCUCUCCUGCGCUCCCCGCUGCUCCCCGGGGGUGGACGUCUACUGGUCACGGCGGGACAAGGACUUUGCCUUCAUCUGGAUGGCCGUGUGGGCCACCCUCUGCUUCGUCUCCACCGCCUUCACCGUGCUCACCUUCCUGCUGGACCCUCACCGCUUCCAGUACCCCGAGCGGCCCAUCAUCUUCCUCUCCAUGUGCUACAACGUCUACUCGGUGGCCUUCAUCAUCCGCUCGGUGGCCGGGGCGGAGAACAUCGCCUGCGACCGGGAGAACGGCGAGCUGUACAUCAUCCAGGAAGGGCUGGAGAGCACGGGCUGCACCAUCGUCUUCCUCAUCCUCUACUACUUCGGCAUGGCCAGCUCCCUUUGGUGGGUCAUCUUGACCUUGACGUGGUUCUUGGCGGCCGGCAAGAAGUGGGGCCACGAGGCCAUCGAAGCCCACAGCAGCUACUUCCACAUGGCUGCCUGGGGCGUCCCUGCCAUGAAGACCAUCGUCAUCCUCACCAUGAGGAAGGUGGCGGGCGACGAGCUCACGGGGCUGUGCUACGUGGGGAGCAUGGACAUCAAUGCCCUGACGGGCUUCGUUCUCAUCCCGCUCUCUUGCUACCUGGUCAUUGGCACGUCCUUCAUCUUGACGGGCUUCGUCGCCCUCUUCCACAUCCGGAAGAUCAUGAAGACCGGGGGCACCAACACAGAGAAACUGGAGAAGCUCAUGGUGAAGAUCGGAGUCUUCUCCAUCCUGUAUACCGUCCCAGCCACCUGCGUCAUCGUCUGCUACUUCUAUGAGCGGCUGAACAUGGAUUACUGGCACCUUCGGGCCUUGGAGCAUGAAUGCUUAGCCUUCCCUGGCCGGCGCGGCGUGGACUGCUCCUUGGAUUCUUCGGUGCCGACCGUGGCCAUCUUCAUGCUCAAGAUUUUCAUGUCCUUGGUGGUGGGCAUCACCAGCGGGGUCUGGGUGUGGAGUUCCAAGACCCUGCAGACCUGGCAGAGCUUGUGCAAUAGGAAACUGGGGGUGAGGACUAGGGGGAAGCCGUGCAGCGGGGUGACCUGCCCUGGGGCGCACUGUCAUUACAAAGCUCCGACAGUUAUGCUGCAUAUGACCAAGACAGACCCUUACCUGGACAACCCGACUCAUGUCUGAAAGCAGGCCAAAUCCCUACAAGAGUCAUCUCCCAGGUGCAAGGGAACGUCUCCACUGCUGGGAAUUUCUGAUUCUAGCAGGUUUAAACAAAAGCAAGCAAGGGAAUAACGGGAACCGAGGAUGGGAGGCGAUAGAAAGGUUUCAUGGGUCGCUGUAUGUGUGCACCUGGGUCAGGCGGGGGUGGGGGAGCGCUUUAUCUUGACUUUGUCUCGGGGAGGCCAAAGAGGAUGCUUAGCAGAGAGACAUCACCCUUCUGCGCUCGCCCUGCCUCCUCCUUCUGUUAAAUGUAGCUGUUCUUUUCCUAACCGCGUUGUCGUCGUCGUCGUCGUUUUGGGUGUCCCUGUUGCCAAAAUCUCAGUAAUUUUUCUAAUGUUUUACGAUGGAGGUGAGAAGGGAGAGGAUUUGUCCAAGUUUAUUUAAUUCUGUAAUUUAUUUUAGAUUUUUUUUUUUUAAAAAAGAAAGAAAAUCAUUAGCUGAAAGAAAUGGAAAAGGAACCAAAAAUAUCCCAAUAAAUCCUGGCUGUGUUAUUUCAA